AUGGAUAUAUAUCAAGUGCUUGUAGGGCUGGAGAAGUGCCCGGAAAACUAUGCCGAGGAGUAUGGAAGGCAGCUUGAGCUAUUUAACUCUCUUGUGAAGCUUCCAAAGCAACCCGUGAAGAUUAUCCGCCAGACUCUCUCAUUCCUUCUUGCCUUCCCAAAGGUUGAUAAGAGGCUUCCAGAGACUCUCAUUGCAAGUAUAGGAACAAUUAAAUGCCACAAGACAAGGAGGAUUGUAGUUGAGAGUCUUUUUAGACUCCGAAGAAAAGGGCUAAUAGAUACCGGACAGCUGUUCAAGAAUCUUUUGGAGCACCAUCCAGAUCCAAAGUCUGUUCUGAGGAGAGCGAGAGCACUAGUCUCUAAAGAGGCGGUUCCAUGGAUACUCGAGUACUAUGGGAAGGGAACAGACAAGCAAAAGGGCUUCUGCUACUACUUGAUUGUGUAUCUGUUUACAAAGGGAUGCAGUGGCCUUGAGAAAGAGGUAUGCGGAGGGUUGUUUGUGGAUGGGAAGAUAGGGAAGAUUUGUAGGAUGUAUUUUCUUGAUCAGAUAGACUUUGAAGAGGAGGGAGCAAGAGCCAUGGAGCUUCUUAGCCCUGAGGGAGCAAGGUUUGGAAGGAUGCUGUUCAAGAGUCUCCAGGAAGACAGGAUGGAGAGAGAGGAGAAGAUCACAAAGAUGAGAAUAUAUGUUCUGUUCAGGAACAGGUAUAAUUUGAAAGCAUCUGUUGUACGAAUGGCAAUGGGGAUGCUGAAUCCAGAGAAGGAUGAUAUCAAGGAUCUUAUGGAGAUUAUUGUUGAGGAGGUGGGAAGGGAGGAUGUUCUUCGAGCCAUUGAUAUUGUGGGAGAUGCCCUAUGCUCUGAGUUCAAAGAUGACGACUUUGUUGUGUAUGGAUUGAACAUGCUGAGGGAGAUUUACUGCAAGUUUGACCCGGAGGCGUUGAAGCUUAAGAAGAAAGAGGAUAUGGAGGAAAGUACCUCUACUUUGUCUUCUCUUAGCGGUUCUGACGAAGGACGUGAAGAUAAGGAAAAUGAUGGCGAUAGCAUUGUGGAUAAGAUGAAGGAGAGGAUUGCAAAGUACAUAGAAUGCUUCAAGGGAUCGAAGAGCAAAAGCAUCUUCUAUGCAUAUACAUCUGUGAUUAAUGUGAUGAACCACAAGAAGUACUGUGGCAGGAAUCUUGAGUUUAUUCGUCGGAAAGCAAGCAAGAAGGAAAGAGUGGAAUCGAUGAAGAAUGGGAGAGCCGAUAAGGAGAAGUAUUGUGGAGGGAAGCAUUCAAAAGGCCGAAGGAUCAGUAGAAGGAAGAUGAAUGGUAAUAAAGCAUCCUGA